UAGUAAAAGAAGAGUAAUUCGAUCGGUCCGGCUGGCCACCUCUGCCUGUGGCCAUACAUAUUACAUACAUCGUACAUGUAAUGUUAAUAAAAUCACAUGUACAAUUCUGUUAUGAACUGUUUUAAAAAAUGUUUCAACUUAAAAGAACUCGAAUGCCUCUAUGCCUCGAUGAUCAAGAACAAUGCUGUGCAAGAUUGCUUCUAUAUGAACCAAUUUAUAACAACCUGUUCUACAUUUCGUCGAACAGAUUAUGCAGUUCGAGCAUUUACCGAGAUGGAAUCCCCCAAUGCUUAUGUAUAUAAUGCUAUAAUCAAAGCUUUUAUUCAUUGCCUAAACCCCGUCCAAGCUCUACACUUCUAUUUAAGUAUGUUGAGAGCUGGAGUUAGCCCAAGUAGCUAUACAUUUCCUUCAGUAAUUAAAGGUUGUGUGUUAGUUUCUGAUUUAGGGUUUGGAGAAUCUGUUCAUGGGCAGAUUUUUAGAUUUGGGUUUGGUUCAAAUGUGUUUGUUCAGACUUCUUUGAUUGAUUUUUACUCUGGGUUUGGGAGACUUGUGGGUGCAAGACAGGUGUUUGAUGAAAUACCUGAGAGGGAUGGUUUUGUGUGGACUACGAUGCUUUCAGGUUAUUCGCGUGGUGGCGAUAUGGGUUCUGCGAGGAGAUUAUUUGAUGAAAUGCCGGAGAGGAAUGUGGCUACUUGGAAUUCUUUGAUUAAUGGUUAUGCGAGAGUGAGGGAUAUGGGGAGUUGUGAGUUGUUGUUUAGAGAGAUGCCGGAAAAGGAUUUGAUUUCGUGGACGACGAUGAUUAGUUGUUAUUCUCAGAAUAAGUUGUAUAGUGAAGCAUUGACAGUGUUUAGUGAAAUGAGGAUGAAUGGAGUUAGAGCUGACGAGGUUACGAUGACCACUGUGAUUUCUAGCUGUGCACAUCUUGGGGCGCUUGACCUGGGAAAGGAUAUUCAUCUCUAUGUUAUGCAAAAUGGGUUUGAACUUGAUGUUUAUAUUGGGUCUGCGCUGAUUGAUAUGUAUGCAAAAUGCGGGAGCUUGGAAAGAGCUCUUGUUGUGUUUUUCAAGUUGCAGGAGAAGAAUUUAUUCUGUUGGAAUUCGAUUAUCGAAGGACUGGCAGUACAUGGGCUUGCUGAAGAAGCAAUCUCAAUGUUUGGCAGGAUGGAGAAAGAUAAUAUAAAGCCUAAUGGUGUUACAUUUAUUAGUGUUCUGAGUGCUUGCACUCAUGCCGGACUAGUUGAAGUGGGUCGCAGAUGGUUUAAAAAGAUGACACAUGAAUUGUCGAUUACACCACAAAUUGAGCACUAUGGAUGUAUGGUUGAUCUGUUGUGCAAGGCUGGUCUUUUCGAAGAUGCAUUAGAACUUAUACAAAGCAUGACAAUGGAACCAAAUGCUAUAAUCUGGGGCGCAGUUCUAGGAGGGUCAAAGCUAUACAAAAACUUGGAUAUUGCUCAAGUUGCAGCAAAUAUGCUAAUGGUUUUGGAGCCAAACAAUAGUGGAUAUUACAGUCUUUUAGUCAGCAUGCAUGCUGAUGCAAACCGAUGGAAUGAAGUUGCUAAAACGAGGUCAGCUAUGAAGGAACUUGGUGUUGAAAAAAGUUGCCCUGGCUCUAGUUGGAUUGAAAUGGAAAGCAAGAUUCAUCAGUUUGCAGCAUCUGAUAAAUGUCACCCAGCCGCUAGUCAAAUUUAUUCUCUUCUACAUGAAUUAGAAAACCAGUUAAAGCUGUAUGGCCAUGUAUUGGAGUUCAAGUUUUUUACAUAGAUUUAACACGAGAUAUAAGUGGACAAAGGGAACUGUUUGACUCUUACAUGAUCGCCUUUUACGUAAAAGUAUUAGUUUAAAUGGUAAUUUGUUGGAUAUGAGAAGAUCAGAUAUCUUAAUGAUUGAACAAUUCAAACAAUCAUCUGACAGGAAUGCAAAGACCAGAUUGGAUAUUCUAAAGAAGCCAGAAUAGUUGGUCAGUUCUUUAAUGGUCUGUAGUUUCAGUAUUCUGACAGGUUGCAUCCUCCCUGUUCAUCUGUGGUACGGUAAGAAAGGUCACAUUCACGGGAUCGACAGCUGUUGGCAAGAAUUUGAUGGCAGCUGCUGCUGGGACUGUUAAGAAGGUGUCCCUUGAACUUGGAGGAAAUGCGCGUUGCAUAAUUUUUGAUGAUGCGGAGCUUGGAGUAGCCGUUAAAGGAACUGGAGCAAAAGUUUGGCUCAUUAUUUACCAUUGUGUAAAUAUGUAAUUGCAGCUGGAGACUAAGUUUCGUAAUACUGGGCAAACAUGCAUCUGUGCAAAUACAAUUCUCGUGCAAGAAGGUGUUUAUGAUAAAUUCGCGAAAGCUUUGUCUGAUGCUAUUACUAUAUAUAUAUUCUCUUAAGUGGAGUACCUCCAUUUUGGGCUGGAUAUAUUUGGAGAGGUUUUGCGUGGUGAUCUCGACCUCUCAUCUGAUCCAUGACCCAAGGCCACUCAUGUGUGAAGGUUGACGGUGUGGCACCUCACAAGCCUCUUGACUCUGCAAUCUUGAUAGGCUUGACUUAGUUUUCUGCUAUGAAUAAGCUUAAAAAGAUGGUUCUGAGAGCAAGCAUUUACAAUGCUGUUUGAACUGUAAAAUGACAAAAACUUAAUAAUGAGUGACAUUUUCACGGCUACUUUAAUCACAAUUUACUUA